AUGGGCUUUGCAUCCAGUGGUUUCCACUGCCGCCGACACAUAAGACCAGAAGUAGGCCACGUGGCCUACUUCCGGUCUUAUGCAUCAGUGGCAGUGGAAGCCGCCGGACACAAAGAUGAUGGCAGCAGUGGUGGAGCAGAUGCAUACCGAAUUAUCAACUCAAUGAAUAUGUUAACCUCCCUGGUAAAUCAAACUGCCAUCACAGAAUUCAUCCUCCUGGGAUUUGGAAACCGUCCUGAACUCCAGGCACUCCUCUUCUGGCUUUUCCUAAGCAUUUAUGUUUUGUCCAUGAUUGGGAACCUUCUCAUUGUUGUGUUGGUUGUGAAUGAUAGGCAUCUUCACACACCCAUGUAUUUCUUCCUGGGAAACCUGUCCUGUUUGGAAAUUUGCUAUUCCUCAACCAUUCUCCCAAGGAUGCUGGGCAGUUUUCUAACAGGGAACAGAACAAUCUCUUUCUCUGCUUGCUUUAUACAAUUAUAUUUAUUUGGUUUUCUGCUGACUGCAGAAACAUGCCUUUUAUCUGUGAUGUCUUACGAUCGGUAUUUAGCCAUUUGCAGACCACUGCAAUAUUCGUUCCACAUGAAUAACAAGAUCUGUAUCUCUUUAGCAGCUGGGUCCUGGCUAAGUGGCUGCUUUACAGUCGCUGCCCCGGUUACAUGGCUGGCACAAUUAACUUAUUGUGGCUUCAAUGGAAUUGACCAUUUCUUCUGUGAUUUCAUACCUCUAACUAAGCUGGCCUGCAGUGAUAUUUCCCUGCUUAUGGACAUAGCUCUUAUACACUCUUCUCUCUUCACUUUCCCUUUAUUUAUGUUUACUGUGACAUCUUACAUUUGUAUCAUAUCAGCCAUUUUGAAAAUCCCUUCCACCUCUGGGAGGCAAAAGGCAUUUUCUACCUGCUCCUCUCACCUUAUCGUAGUUACCAUUUUCUAUGGGUCCUUAAUGAUUGUUUAUCUCCUACCAGAUGACCCCAUAAUAAGAGGCUCAACCAAAGCACUCUCAGUUUUAUACACCAUUCUUACCCCAAUGGUCAAUCCCCUCAUAUACACUUUAAGGAACAAGGAGGUGAAGGAGGCUUUGAGAAAAUUAGUCUAG